AUGCCACCCACAACCCCCCCGGGCCUCAACCCCCUCCAAAUAUACCGCCAAACCAGGCGCGUACCCCCCAUUCUCCCUAUUGGAACCCCCAUUAACACAUUUAACAGUCUCGGCACCUCCCUCGCUGACUCAAUCGACACCCUCAUCCAGCGCAACGCCAUGACCGAAGUCGCCGCCAACAUGCUUAUGCAGAAUUUUGACCGCGCCAUGACCGCCCGCCUCACUACAGACCUUAGGUCCACGAUCUCUAUCAAUGGCAAAAUCGAAAACUACCGCUUCUGCGACGAAAUCUGGACAUUCACCAUCAGCGAUGCCAUUGUCAAGAUCUCACGCGCCGGCGGCCCGCGUGAGAGCGAUUCCGUCUUUGUUGAUGGGCGGAUCAAGCUUGCGGCGUGGAAUGGAGCGCCUGUGCUGGCGGCGUCGGUGGAGGAGGAUGAAGGUGAGGGAAGAGGGAGGGGUAAGGGUAAGGGCAGGGGCAGGGGAAAGGGGAAGGGAAGGGCUAGUAGGGCCGGUAAGGGAAAGGAGUAG